AUACAGAAUCGCCAUGCCAAUAUAUACAAGGCGCAGGCUGACACUCACUCACUUACUCACUCACCUCUAGUAGUUGUAGCAGCCAUCAACCUCCUUUCUCUAACCAGAGCAGACACUUGUCCUCUUAGACCAUCCACCAGUCCUUCUCCCCCUUUUGGUUUCCGUUUUAGGAAGAGGAAUGGACGACUAUUCCCCAUCAGUCCUGGCAUUCGUAUUGCUAUUGAUGGAACAUGGAUUCAAAUUUAAGCCAACCAAUGAAGAAUUAAUAAGGAAGUAUCUGGUGCCGAAAAUCCGUGGUGAUAUCAUGGAAGGCUUGCCCAUGGCAGUCGUUAACCUUUGCGAGCAUGAGCCAUGGGAUCUACCUGAUAAAUCCAUUAUAAAGUUAGCUGGUCAAGUAACGUGGUAUUUCUUAUGCCCUCGUGAUCUUAGGGGCAAAGUUCACCGCAGAAAAACCAAGGCCGGAUACUGGAAACUGACCUGCCAGCAAAAGUCAAUAACAGCUGAGGGUACUAAGAAAAAGAUUGGGGUAAUGAGGACUUUGAGAUUCUAUGAAAACGAAGUGAGGACUGGUUGGAUGAUAUACGAAUUAGACCUCAUCGCCAAUUCUAGCCAGUUUAAAAAGGGACAAUAUGUUCUCUGUAAACUGGAGUUUAAUUCAAAAGGAAAGAAGAGCGAGAAAGGUGAACAAAGUCACCAUAUAGCUCCGGUCUCCCAUUCUGAAUUCUAUCCAAGUCAGAGUAUGGAUUCUGAUUCUGAAAAUAUAAAUCCAAGUGAGAUGGCUGUGAGAUCUUCACCUUGUGAUGAAGGUGAAUUAAGCCAUCAUGUGGGUUCGCUUUUUGGAAAUCAAAAUUUAAGUGUGCUGAUGAAUAACUUAGCUCGCCAACGAAGUGAGUUAAGCCCCCAUAUGGCUUCUGAGUUUAGAAACCAUAACUCAAAUAACCUCAUGCCUAAUUUAGUUUAUGAUGGAAGUGAUUCAAGCCACUCCACGGUUUUUAAUUGUGAAGAUCUAUACGGGAAUCAGCCUACAGUUGAUUCAGCUUAUAAUGGAAGCGAAAGCCCUUACAUGGCUUUCGAUUCUGAAAAUCAAAACUCAAAUGUGCUGUUUACAGUUGAUUCAGCUUAUAAUGUCAGCAAAAACCAUGGCAUGGCUUUUGAUUUGCAAAAUCAAAACCUGAAUGUGGUGCUGGCAGUUGAUUCAGCUUCUAAUGUUGUCAGUAAAAGUCAUCAUAUGACUUUCGAUUUGGCAAAUCAUAACCCGAAUUUGUCGCUGACAGUUGAUAAUUCAGCUUCUAAUGUUAAUGAAAGUCAUUAUAUGGCUUUAGUUUUGGAAAAUCAAAAUCUAAACAAUAGCAUUUCUAUAUUAACUUCUGAGAAUUCUUUAAUGGCUUCUCGUGGUUUGGAAAAUCAAGAACCAUUCUUUCCACCUUGUAGUUUUAUAAACCAGUCAACGUAUGAUAAGAGUGAAUCAAGUAGCCUAAUGGAUUUUGAUUUUGAAAAUCAAAAUCUAGUAAAGGAAUUCGAUAUAUCAGCCUUCGGUGAAGGUGUAUGGAGUAAUACCACAGCAACUCCUCCGGAUUUUGGAAAUCAAAAUCCUUGUAAGAAGACUGAUAUGUCAACCUUUGAAGAAGAUUAUUCGAGUUACUUUAAGUCCUCUUCAGAUAAUAAUCUAGCUGAUGUGGCGCUUCCAGAGCAGGUAAGGUCUGGAAUACAAGCAGGGAUAGAAGGGUGUUUCGAGCAAGAAAACAGCCCCAACCCUGCACUCGUCCAGCUUCCUUCUGUGGGGUUCGAGUAGCAAACCCAAAGCUUGUUCCUACUUUUCAUGGGCUUUAGUACCUUGGUACCUAAUUGAAAAGAUAUGUUAUCUGGUUCCUAUCUGCUAUUUAACAACAAAACUAUCCAUACGAAAUAAUCGAUGGAGUUUAUUAUAAAUGGUUUAAGAGGGCAGCUACUGAUGCUCCUCCAAUCUGAUAAUGAGGGUAACUUUUGUCGCCCUAGUUAUUUGGAUCAUUGCACGGUUGCUGAUCUGCAAAUUUUACUUACUUUAUGGUGGACGCUGCUUAGUUCGACUUCGUCCAGUCCAUGCAGCUUUAAGCUGCAAUCCUCUAAAAUAUAGCCUGCGCUGUCCCAAAUCUGCAGCUGUAUUCGUAGAAAGAUUUGGGUACUAGUAGCGGAAAACACGAGUUGUUCUCUGCGAUCCUGAUGCAAAUGCUAUCCGUCAAGUACUAAGAUAUUAAAUGGGAAGUACUAUUCAAGCCGUACGCACGUAUGUAUAGUUGCUUAUUGUUGUAUUGUAUGAAGGUGGGAUUGUGUCAAGAGCAAACAGCUCUUAUAGACUAUGUAUCUACGUGUCAGUGUGCUUCAAAGAUGUUGAACAAAAGUACUUAUGCUUAAUUAAUAUGUUCAACUUCAAGUUCUCUGUUCUUAGCUUUGUUAAUUGUUGGGUUGCCAUUGCAGUGCAUAUCUGCAGUAGAAUGAGGUGAUAACGUUACUGAAAGUUUAGAAUUA